AUGUCGCAGAGCCAGCAAAUGUUGCAGAACCAGCAGCUACUUUUGCCAAUACAGCAGUUAAUGAAACUGCAGCAAAUGGAAAUGAAAACAGGAAUUUUACAGAAACAUCACUUAAUGCAACAGCAGUCAGUUGGCCAGCGUGUUGGAUCUCAUCAUCCACAAAUGAAGUCAGGAAUAUCUUCACCUCAACUCCUUAAGGCACUAUCUCCUCAGGUUACCCAACAUCCUUCUCCGCAAAUUGACCAACAAAAUAUGUUGGCAUCUCUUUCCAAAUCUGGGACGCCUCUCCAAUCCGCAAGCUCACCAUUUGUUGUCCCAUCUCCUUUAACUCCCUUGGCUUCAUCUCCAAUGACGGGGGAUUCUGAAAAAGUUAGUGCUGGCCUUGCAUCACAUAACACAUCUGGAAAUAUAAUGCAUCAGCAAGCUACACUACCGAUGGAGUUUGAACCCUACACCUCUACUGUGGAAGGUAUAGAGAUUUCACCAACACCUUUAGAUUCUUCAGCUCAGACGGGAAACACAAACGGAGCUGACUGGCAGGAAGAGGUUUACCAAAAGAUCAAGUCUAUGAGGGAGAUGUAUUUAUCAGAGCUCAAUGAUCUAUACUGGAAAACUGCUUCUGAAAUGCAGCAGCAUCCUCAACAUGAGAAAAUUGAAAAACUCAAGAUUUUCAAGAUGACGUUGGAACGCAUUGUGCUUUUCUUGCGGCUUAACAAGCGUGAGAUUCAACUUUCUCACAAGGAAAAACUGUUUUCGCUUGAGAAGUACAUAACUUUCUUUCUUAGUGGCAAAAGUCCACACAACCCUACUUCUUCUCCAUUGCACGGGAAACUUCCUUAGCCUUCCAU